AUGGUCAGGCCAGUGCUGGCGCUGCCGAUGUUGCCGAUGUUGCGGCAGCAGCAGCAGCAGCAGCAGCAACAGCUGACGCUGGCGCCCGGCGGCAGCCUCACGCCCCUGGCCUGGCUGCUGGCCGGCCUGGCCCUGCUGGCCGCCGCGGCCACCACGCGCGCCGCCCUGCUGCCCACCCCGGCCAGCCUGGAAUACCACCUGCUGCGCAUCUUCCCCGAAGUCCUCUACCAGGACGUCUCCCUCCGGCGGAACAUCCACUUCUGCGACUUCUUCAACCAGGACACCCUGUCGCCCGGGGCGCCGGACGGCCUGGACGACUUGAUCUUCUACGACUCGCACUACGCCUUCGAGACGUCCCCCGAACACCGGGCCUCCAGGGAUGCCCCCACCCCGGGCGCCCGGUACCCGGUGCACCUUGCCCACGCCGGCGUUCAAACCUUCCACUGCAUCACGAAGGUGCCCUUCCCCCUGGCCCCGUUGACCUACCUCAACACGCGCUACAGCCCGGCCCUUGGCCGCAUCCAGGAGAUCUUCUACGCCGGCAGCCACAAAACCCUGCACCAGUCCAACGGGCUGUUCUCCGCGAAGCAAGGCCUGGGCGGCCUCACCCUGCCGGUCCUGAUCACCGCCUAUCCCAUGGGCCCGGACCAGCCCUUCUCCGGCUUGAUGGCCCUCUAUUACUCGUAUAUGGCCUUGAUGAAUAUCAACCUCCUGGACAGCUACAAUAGCUACACGGAAUACGAAAAGCUCGAAAUCGAGGACCUACACUCGAUCACUGGCGCCGCCUCCGUGGACCUGGACAAUGACGGCCUGCCGGAGGCCCUGAUCGCCAGCAAGCACCAGGACCUGCCGGAGGACGUCUAUGUCUUGACGCACCUGAGCCGCUUCCUGGACCCGACCCUGCCGGAUCAGGCGCACUGCCUGCAGCGGAGCCUUCUCCAGCUGCCGGCCGGCUUCCUCCCGGGCAGCAUCAUCCUCGGCGACUUCGAUGGGGAUGGCCAUGCCUCGGACAUUGCCCUCGUCUCGGACCACGGGUCCACCUGCACCGGCCCGGCGGCCGACCAGUGCACCGCCUGCCCGACCGGCCAGCACCUGCUCAAUGGCACCUGCGGCACGACUCCGGCGGCCACGGUGACCGUCCGGCCGGAGCCCGGCCCCGGCACGCCGGCCGUCUACUUCCAGGCCUCCAACUUGGGGAACUUCGGCCCGAUGAAACGGCUGGCCGUGGCCAGCCUCUCCUCGGCCACCAACCAGCCCUUCCUCUUCAAUGACCUGCGAGCCUUUGAGCACCUUCGCCGGGCGGACUUCUCCCCGGCCGGCACCGGUGCCCGUCGCGCCGAGGGCCUUUUAGCCGUGGACACGGAGAAGCACGUCAUGCAGGCCGUGCCGGUCCCCGGGUCCGGGCACUUCACCCUGCAGAUGUCGCUGGCGCCGGAAAUGCUGGACCUGGUGUUCCGCCGGCUGGCCGAGUCGCUGCACAUGCCCCUGUUUGAUGACGAGCUGCUGGAGUGCCUCGGCGACCGGGACAAUGCCAUCACCUCCGGCACCGGGCGCCUGUGCGACCUGGCGCUGCGUACCACCCUGAGCCGCAACGCAUUGGAAUUCGCCCGCCCGACCCCGGACCGGGUCCUGGCCCAGCAGCAGAUAAUCCUCGGCUCUAGCGGGAUCUCCCCGGACUCCAUGCAAGAUGCCUUCGGGGCCUGGCACCCGGUGGACAAUCGCCGGGGCCAGGACCGCUGGCUGUCGGUCUCCAAGAGCACCUUCGACAGUGUAUCCUGCUCGUACCACUGGACCAACCUGCUGACGGUAUAUAUCCAGCCUAUCCUGAAGCGCCAGGACUUCCGGCCGGUGGAUCUGCCGCCCGGGCUGAUCAUGCCCUGCGCCCAGCCGCACUCCCUGCCGCAGGACCCGGCCGGCGUGCACCCGCCGCCGAUGCUCCUCUCGGUCGCCGCCCCGGGGCCCAGCAGUCCGGCCCUGCUCUACCUGUGGCGGUCCACCUCCACGGUCGAUGGCCAUGCCCGGAUGGAUGCCCCGGUGCCGCUGCUCCGCGCCGCGGAUCUCGGCUACCCGCAGGGCACCAGCCCGACCACCUUCCAGCUGGUCAUCAUGCCGCACACCCUGCGCCACGACCGGGCCGAGCUCUUCUUCUGGGACGGCCAGUGGUUCUACUCGGCCGUGCUGACCCUGGCCCCGGACGGCGCGGCCCACCUGUCCGUGCAGCCGGCCGUCCCACAGAGCAUGCAGAUGCUGUUGCACUUCCAGCAGGCCAACCCGACCGCCGUGCGCCUCGUCCCGCUGGACGUCGAUGGCGAUGGCCGGCCCGAGGUGGCGGCCGUCCGCCUGGACACCGGCGGCGUCACCCUCUUCGCCGAGGCCGGCCCGCACAAUGGCUGCGGCGCCGGGGCCCUCGGCACUUGUGUCGAGCCCCGCCCGGCCUGGGCCCCGGGCAACUGCGCCCCCUCCGAGCCCUGCACCUGGAAGCCCACCAGCCUGCAGGUCGGUGACCUGGCUGCCUGCACCGACGGUGUGGCCCGCGACGCCGGGCCCCACCGGCCGGCGCCGCACCCCGGCGCGGACGUCGGCGCCGCCACCCAGCUGGGCAUGGUGGCCAGCGCGGCGGCCACCCUGGCGCAGAUCAACUCCAACCUGGCCCGCGUGAUGCCACACAUGGCCGGCGUUGUGGUGGCCCCGGCCGACCUGGCCACCCCCCUGCCGGUGAAGGCCGCCCUCACCGUGACCCUCUAUGCCAAUGGCCUCCACGAGGAGUCGCCCAGGCUCUCCAGGCACCCGGUGGCGAUGUAUGACGUGCCGCUGCCGUACCCGGCCCAGGAGCUGGCCUUCACCCCGGGCCCGGUCCACGGCCAGUACCACUCGGCGGUGCACUCCCUCCGGCGGACCACCACCGGCGAGCAUUUGGUCAUCCUGCCCUUCUGGACGACCGCGCACUGGAGCGCCCAUGAAGAAACCCAAUUCAUCAUGCUGACCCUGCCCAGCGUGACGCCGCGCCUGAGCGCGCCGCACCGGGCCCAUCGCCCCGGCGAGGCCGCGGCCCUGGCCCUGCCGGCGGCCACGGCCCUGUACCCGGCGCUGGCCGGCACCCCCGGCGACCGGCCGGCCGUCUUCUUCUUCACCAACAAGUGGCAGAGGCCGGAAUUCCUCUUCCUCCAGCCCCCGGGCGAUGAUGUGCCCCUGCACCAGGCCCUCUACUACCAGCAGUCCUUCGACACCGAGCAGAUGGUGGCCCUGGUCCGGGCCGAUGGCCAGCCGGCCGGCAUCGUCAUGCAGCCAUACGGCUGCCUGGGGUGCUUCGACAGCUCGGCCACCCUGACCCCCGGGGCCGAGCCGGCCUCCUGCGUCAACUCGACCCCCGGGGCCGGCGCCUGCAGCCCCCAGGCGCCGGGCUGCCAAGUGUGCCACACCGACGCGUGGACGACUUGCCUGGUCUGCCAGCCGGGCUUCCUCCUGACCUCGGACUGGAAGUGCCUCCCGCCGGACCAGUGCCCGAAGGGCACCUUCGCCAACCCGGACACCGGCACGUGCUCCGCCUGCCCGAUCUAUUGUCUCGCCUGCACGGCCGACGCCCCGCACUUACCUCCUUGA